AUGCAUUUUCAACCCGUCGAAGAAAUGGUCGAUGAAGCAUAUACCGCCCGUCCUCAGGAUGAGCCUCAAGUGGAUUCGGGAGCAAAUGAUGUCCUAGAUGACGUUUUUGGCUCGGGCCCCUCAUCGCCUACAGAGCGCGAUGAGUCAACUGCAACUCAUCCUUCCGACAUUCGUCGGCUACAAACGGAACAUACAACAGCGGGAUACCGUGAGGGUGUGACUAUCUCCAAAGAAAGCAGUGUCCAAGCUGGUUUCGACGAAGGCUUCAGUCUCGGCGCAAGCGUAGGCCUAAGAGCAGGCCAGAUCCUCGGCAUGCUGGAAGCUAUUAGCGAAGCUGUCCGCAGCCGCGACGACGCAGACUCUUCACAAGUUGCAAAGCUCACGAAACAAGCGCAGGAGGAACUCAGUACGCAGGGCAUCUUCACAGCAGAGUACUGGGCCGAGGAUGGAAACUGGAAGUACGAAGUCAAGGCGGCUGCGGGCACGGAGGAGGUUCUCUUUGCGGAUGUGGCGGAUGCGCACCCUCUGGUGAAGAAGUGGACGGCGGUCGUGGAGGAGCAGGUUGCGCUGUGGAAGAUUGACAGGAGAUUGCUGAAUGAUGAGACGGGGGUGAGGCUGGAGAGUGUUAUGGAUGAGACGCUUGGUUCCGGGGCUGCGCCGGCGGCGAAGAAGCCGUUGGAUUGGUGA